UCUCAUUUCUGAUAUUGUCAUACUGAUAUUAGUGUCUGUGCUUCCGUGAGUUCAGUUCUGAGUUCUGUGUUCUGUGUCGGUUUAUGAGAGUUUUGAGGCUGUGGCGCUUUUCUUAUGGCAUGUUUAUUUUCAGAAAAAUAAUGAUUUAUUAAACUGGUAGUUAAAUCACAUUUUUGAAUGUAAACUGUUUUCAUUUGCUCUAAAAACGAGACCAUUUGAAUUAGGUUUUGGUAUUCCAGCUGGAGUAAAUGAGCAGUACGACCAUGAUGCCAAUUGGGGGAGCUCCUCCGGGACAUGGUACGAAUAAUAUACCACAAAACACUUCCGUACAAAGCGCCAGUUCAUUAACACCUACAGGAGGAUCUAGUAAAUCAAGUAGCAGUCUGAAACCCAAUUAUUCAUUGAAAUUCACCCUUGCCGGGCAUACAAAAGCUGUGUCAUCAGUGAAAUUCAGUCCUAAUGGAGAAUGGUUAGCAAGUUCUUCUGCUGAUAAAUUGAUCAAAAUUUGGGGUGCUUAUGAUGGGAAAUUUGAAAAGACAAUUUCAGGACACAAGUUGGGUAUAAGUGAUGUUGCAUGGUCUAGUGAUAGUAGACUAUUAGUGUCUGCUAGUGAUGACAAAACUUUGAAAAUAUGGGAACUCUCUUCUGGAAAGUGUUUGAAGACAUUGAAAGGGCACAGUAACUAUGUUUUCUGUUGCAACUUCAAUCCACAGUCAAAUCUCAUUGUAUCAGGAUCCUUUGAUGAAUCUGUCAGAAUUUGGGAUGUAAGAACAGGAAAAUGUUUGAAAACCCUUCCUGCUCAUUCAGAUCCUGUCAGUGCAGUUCAUUUCAACAGAGAUGGAUCUCUUAUUGUCAGCAGCAGUUAUGAUGGUUUAUGUCGUAUUUGGGACACAGCAUCUGGCCAGUGUUUGAAAACCCUGAUAGAUGAUGACAAUCCUCCAGUGUCUUUUGUCAAAUUUUCACCAAAUGGGAAGUAUAUCCUAGCAGCAACUUUGGACAACACACUGAAAUUAUGGGACUAUGCAAAGGGCAAGUGUCUCAAGACAUACUCUGGACACAAAAAUGAAAAAUACUGCAUUUUUGCCAAUUUCUCAGUUACUGGUGGUAAAUGGAUAGUAAGUGGAUCUGAGGAUAAUAUGGUGUACAUUUGGAACUUGCAGACAAAGGAAAUUGUACAGAAAUUACAAGGACAUACAGAUGUUGUUUUGUGCACUACCUGUCAUCCCACAGAGAAUAUAAUUGCAUCAGCAGCUCUUGAAAAUGACAAGACCAUAAAACUGUGGAAAAGUGAUACUUGAUCAUAAGAAUGUGUUUCCCUUGUUAAUAUUAAGAUUAUGUAAAUUUGAGUAUUUUUAUUUAAGAUGAAAAUAGUGCAAAAGUUACUGAUUUUCAUAUUCCUAAUAAAGAGCUAUGAAAACAUUUUUGUAGAAAACAAAAUGACUUGCUUUAUUCAUUUAUUGAAAUAAAGUGACCCCCUCAAUUGUAAACAGUUUUAUUAAAAAUAUAAAUGCUCUAUAACCUAACAGGUUAAUAAAAAUCAUAAAUAAUAUUUUUUGAUAGGUACAAAUAUAUGCAUGCAUUUAUGGUAAAACAAGGCAAAUCAAUCAGAAUAAUCCAUGGUUUUGAUGUACUCUACAGCUGCGCAAAAUUGAGUCCAAUAAUACCCUUCUUCGCCGACGAGUUGAUCAACGUGGAAAAAGUUGUUGACAUACUGAAUUGUAGACAAUAAUGCUUCUGGGUU